AUGUGGGGAGAUAUAGAUUUGGAUGAAAUUCGAGACUUGAUUCAGAAGAAGAGUCUAUGGAAAGGAUUUGUAGAAGAUGUGAAAAGUAACUGGGAAAUCAAAAGUCUCAAUUUUGGUAUAAUGAAUAAAGAAGAAAUUAUAAAAUGCUCGGAAGUGAGAAUAUUGAAUAGAGAAAUGUACAGAAAUAAUAGUGGAAUUCCAUACCCAUAUGGAGUACUAGAUUUGAAAUUGGGAGCGCAUAAAAGUAAUUCCAUUUGUGAAACAUGUAACAGAAAUUUUAUGAACUGUUCAGGUCAUUUUGGAUAUGUAGAAUUAAAUUAUCCAGUUUUUCAUGUAGGUUAUUAUAAAUAUAUAAUUUACAUUUUAUACUGUAUUUGCAAAGUAUGUUCACAUAUCCUUCUUACAAAUGAUAAGUUAGAAUUCUAUGCUAACCUGAAGAGGAGUGUAUCAGAAGAUAAAUCUCAUAAAAAACUUAUUUUUAAAAAAAUUUUGAAUAGUUGUAAAAAAGUGAGUAAAUGUUAUAGAUGUGGUCACCCUCAAGGAGUUAUAAAAAAAAUAAUUAAACCAAGUUUAGACCAAUUUAUGAAAUUAAAACAUGUAAUAAAAACAAAAGAAAAUGGGAAAAUGGUUAUUAAAGAAGAUGAUUUGAAUAGUUUAUAUGUACUAAAUUUGUUUAGAAAUAUGAAUCCAUUUCAUAUUAAACUUCUUAAUAUAGAAAAUCCGGAAAAAUUAAUUAUUACAGCUUUGUUAGUCCCACCCAAUACUAUAAGACCUUCUGUCAUAAUUGAUGAGCAUGGUACUGCAGAAGAUGAUUUAACAUGUAUACUUUCAGAAAUUACACAAUUAAAUAACACUAUUAAUAAUCAAUGCACAAAUGGAUAUCAGACAAAUCAAUUUUUGGGAAAUGUAGAAUUUUUACAAUUACAAGUUACCAGAUUUAUAAAUAGUGAUUCCCCAGCUGUAUCUCAAUUAUUAGCUACACAAAAUAUUUCAAAACCAGGUAGAGGAAUAUGUCAAAGAUUAAAAGGAAAAGAAGGUAGAUUCAGAUGCAACUUAUCUGGAAAAAGGGUUGAUUUCUCAAGUAGAACUGUUAUUUCACCAGAUCCAAACAUUUCCAUAGAUGAAGUUGUAGUUCCAGAAAUUAUUGCAAUGAGAUUAACUUAUCCUGAAAAGGUUAACCAGUACAACAUUGAGAAUCUAAAAAAACUGAUUAGAAAUGGAACUACCACAUGGCCAGGGGCAAAUUACAUUAUUAAGAAAAAUUCUAUCAAUUCAAACCUUCCCACAGAUUCUUCUUCACAUGGAGACACCAUUUUCGAUGUGGUCAAGCGGUACGUUGGCCAUAGAGGAGGAGGAGGAGGAAGAGAAGGAGGAGCUGGCUCGAAUAUCAAUGAGAAUUACAUCCAAGAUGAACUAGGAAAGUCUGCAUCAAAAACAGAUGUGCUAUUCCCUACAGGGACGAUGGCCACCCUCCAUUUGUCUACACCAACCAGUGCUGCUCUAAGUGGAACUGCUUCUCCAACUGGAAAUGCUGCUCCAACUGGAACUGCUGCUCCAACUGGGAAUGCUGCUCUAAGUGGAACUGCUUCUCCUUCUCCAACUGGAACUGCUUCUAACUGUGGCCCCGCCCCGAGAGAAAUUUGGAAACCCACGGAUUGGAGAAGAAAUGAUCAAGGGAUAAACAAAAUAAGUUUGAAAUAUGCAAAUAAAAAAUUUGUAAUUGAUAAUUUGCAAAUAGGAGAUACUGUGGAGAGACAUCUACUUGAUGGGGACAUCGUGUUAUUCAACAGACAACCAUCCCUGCACCGAAUGUCCAUUAUGAGUCAUAAAGCAAGAGUAAUGAAGUAUAAAACAUUUCGUUUUAACGAAUGUGUGUGCUCCCCAUAUAAUGCUGAUUUCGAUGGAGAUGAAAUGAAUUUGCAUGUACCACAAACAGAAGAAGCAAAAGCAGAAGCAUUAUACUUGAUGAAUGUGAAACACAAUUUGAUUACUCCAAAAAAUGGAGAAGUAAUAAUUGCUUUGACCCAGGAUUUUCUCUCUGCAUCAUAUGUUAUUACUAAUAAGGACACUUUUUUUGAUAGGGAUUCUUUUUGUUUAUUAUGUUCCUACUUCUCAGAUGCAAAAGUAGAUAUUGAAUUACCUGUACCUGCAAUAUUGAAACCAAAAGAAUUAUGGACAGGAAAACAAUUAAUUAGUGUACUUAUUAAACCGAAUAGAAAAGAAAAUACAAUUAUAAAUUUUGAAAUAAAAGAAAGAGAAUAUUCAACAAAAAAUGGUGAUUUAAAAUAUCUAUGUUUAAACGAUUCAUAUGUUUGUUUUUACAAAUCAGAAUUGAUAUGUGGUUCUUUGGGAAAAAAGGUAUUAGGAUCAUCUAAAUAUGGACUUUUUUAUUAUCUGAUUCAUCAUAAUUCUUCAUACAUUGCUUUAAAAAUUAUGAAUCGAUUUUCAAAACUUACUAGUAGAUAUUUUUCAAAUAAAGGAAUGACAAUAGGAAUUGAUGAUGUGACCCCAUCAGAAACACUUACUCAGAAAAAAAAAGAUCUACUUCAAGCUGGAUAUGAAAAAGUGAAUAAAGAAAUUCUUCUGUACAAUCAGAAGAAAAUGCAAAUUCAACCAGGAUGUACUCUUGAAGAAACAUUAGAAAUAAAAGUGAAAAAUAUUUUAGAUGAUAUAAGAAAUGAUGCUGGAAAAACUUGUAAUCAAUAUUUGCACUACUUGAAUAAGCCACUUAUUAUGUUUAACUCAGGAGCAAAAGGAGCCCUGAUCAACAUUGCACAAAUGAUUGCUUGUGUCGGACAACAAAAUGUUGCAGGACUUAGAAUUCAAAAUGGAUUCAUAAAUAGAACAUUACCUCAUUUUCAAUUUCAUUGUAAAGAUUCAGAAAGUAGAGGAUUUGUACAAAACUCAUUUUAUACAGGGUUAAAUCCAACCGAAUUUUUUUUUCAUACAAUGUCAGGAAGAGAAGGACUUGUUGAUACAGCUGUUAAAACAGCAGAAACUGGAUAUAUGCAAAGAAGACUAAUGAAAGCUUUAGAAGAUUUAUCUAUACAUUAUGAUUACUCUGUUAGAUCUUGUGAUAAGCAAAUUGUUCAGUUUAUUUAUGGAGAUGAUGCUUUAAAUCCGUCUUAUGUUGAUAAUAACAAUUCUUAUGCUAAUCAAUUCGAUAAAAUUUUCGAUCACAUUACAUCUAUUUCGUCCAGUAAUAUUCUGUUAUCAUAUGGAAAAUGUUCUUUGAACUGUUCCCCAAAGUUAUUGAAUAAACAUCCUGAGAAGCCACAUGCAUCUGUCGAAACGCAGCUAGUUGAUCAUUGUCCAGGAAUGGAGUCUCAUAUCGAUUCUACAGAAAAAGUAUUUUUUAAAAAUUGGAAAAAAUGUGAUUCUCUCAAAAGAGACAAUCAUCACAUCGAAAUGUAUAGAGAGAAAAAACAUAAUACUUCAUUUAUAUCGUCCAUUGUGAAGAAGAUAAUAUCAAAUAUAAAUUCAACAGAUUCGAUUCCAUUUAUACCCUUAUCACACGAUGAACAAUUGGUUAAGAAGGUUAUGCAGAAAACAAAACAGGGACUCACAAUGAGCUUAUCGGAUUUUGGUGCCCUACAAGAAAACGGGCAACAAAGUGAAAUACCCAUUUCUAACGCCUCUUCAACAUUUGAAGAAAAAGCAAAGAAAGAAAGAAAAAAUGGAAGCACCUGCUUACGCACAGAAGCAGAGGAUAAUUGCUGCGACGAACAUUGCUAUAAGCAUUGUGAGGAUUAUUGUGAAGACCACUGUGAAGACCAUUUUGAUCACCAGUGCAGCGAUUCAGAUGUAAGGAACCUUUUAAGAGAAAACUGCUUGCUUCCCCCACAAAAACACAAAUCAAUUGCACGAUUUGUAAACAAAUAUCGAAACGUGUUUGAAAUUAAAAAAUUGAUAGACAAGAACCAGAUCGUGCUGAGUGAGGCUGAAAAUAAAUAUGUUCUUGAAACGUACAACCAGAUGAGUAAAAAUGUUAGGAAGAAGAUCGAGAUAAUCAACAAUGUUUACAGAAUUGAAAAGGAAAAUAUGUGCAAAGAUAAGGACAAGUACCUGAAGGAUGGGUUCUGUAUCUCGUCGGGUGACGAAGAAUCCGUGAAACGGGUUCGGCACACCACUCACUGUGAAUGGGAAUAUUCAGCUGACAAUAGGCAGAACCCAUCCAAAGAUGAAACAAUUGGACAGGUCAGCUCGGAGAGAAAGCAUAAUGAUAGUGAUAAUGCUGGAGGUGAUUCUGGGAGUAACUCUGGAGGCAAUGCCGGGAGUAACGCUGGAGGCAAUGGUAUAGUGAAAAAAAGACAGGUCGAAUUUUCCCGCAGCCUGAACGAAGCAGAUGUGCUGUACAAAAAUAAGUUUUACAGACAAAUGGUGAAAAAUGUAGUAGCAUUUGUAAGUGUGUUUGAAAACGUGGAAAAGCAUAAGCAACAUUUCAUUUUACUUCCAUACGAAAUAAUUAAAUGGACAAAUUUCCUUUUAAAUUAUUUAUCAGAACUAGUACCAAGGAAUAUAUAUGUGCAUACAAAAAUAUCCCAAAGGGAGAAGGCAACUCAUCAGAAAAAUACACAUAGCAUGAAAAUAUACAUGGAAGAAAUAAAAAAAUGGCUAGUGAUUAAGGCAAUAAAUAUAUACAAAUUUUUUAAGCACAAAAAAGGUUUUCAAUUAAUAAAGCGCAAUGAUUAUUUUGAUUUUGUAUCGAACGCACACAUUUAUGACCCAUCCUUUCGAUACAUGAUUUACGAGUACUCUUUCAUAAAUUUGAAGCAGUUGUAUUUAUUUAUAUUUUUUAAUGUGGCCAAAUAUUUCAAAUAUAUUUCUUCACCUGGAGAUGCUGUCGGUUCCAUUUCCGCUCAAUCCAUUGGGGAACCAGGCACUCAGAUGACUCUCAAAACGUUUCAUUUUGCUGGUGUGGCCAGUAUGAACGUAACCCUGGGAGUUCCUCGAAUCAAAGAAAUCAUAAACGCAUCUAGCAUAAUCCAAACACCAAUACUGAACAUCCCUUUGCAAGUGAAGGACAACUACAACUUCGCGUUAAUGAUGAAAUCUAAAUUAGAAAAGACAACGAUUAGAGACAUAUGUUAUUACAUAAAAGAAGACUAUAGCACGAGGGGAAUAUUUCUAUCCAUAAAAUUUAAUGAAGAACUAAUUCAUAACUUAUUUCUAAACAUAAAUGCCCACAGCAUUAAAGAUAUUAUCAUGAAACAAAGUCAUAUUAACAAAAUAAAAAUUAAUAAAAUUUUAAUUGAUGUCGUGAAUGAUUACAAAUUACACAUUUCUUUGAAGAAUGAUGAAUUCUUGUUUUUCCACAUCGAAUCGCUUAAGAAGGGACUUUUGGAUUUGCUCAUAUAUGGAGACAAAGACAUUAAGCGUUGCAUCAUUAAGAAGGAAGAAGUGGAGAUAACAGACUGUGAGGAUGAGUCAUUUUCGAGUGACACCAAAAAACUUCAGGACAAUCCUCCACGCAUACCUAUUGGAAACUUCACUUGUUCGUCUAAAAAAUUGAGAAAGGGGAGUGAUACAGGAAAAACGAGCAAUUCUCACUUGGAGGAAGAACAAAUUCGAUCUCGAAUUGAUAACUCGCACGACAGUUUUGUUUCUACACAUCGGGUGAAGAAAGAACUCUUCCACGAGGAUAAGGGUGGAGGGAAGAAUGAGAAUGCUGUGGAGAAUAACAACUGUGAGAGUGGUGGGAACUGUGACAAUGAUGACAACUGUGAGAGUGACGCACUCAACGUGAAGCGCAGAAAAUGUAAAGAACUUAAGACAAAGAAGGAACAGACAGAAAAUGAUAACAAACCAAAACAAGAGACUGAAAAGAAAAAUGAAAAAGAGACCAAAUUGCAAAACAUUAUGGAAGAUUUUAAAAAUCAAAUAAGAGAAAAUAUUUCAAAAAAGAGGCGCAACAGACAAGAUGAUGAAAAUAAAACAUUCAUCAAUUUGGAUUCAAUUAAUAUUGAUUCAUUAAACUUGGAACACGUUGAUAUAGAUCACAUUAGGAAUGAAAAAAUAGAAUUUUAUGAUGAAAAUGGUAACUCCUAUAGUGCACUCACGAAUCCAGAAAAUUCAAAAGAAGAAGAAACAAAAAAAAAAAAAAAAAAAAAAAAAAAAAAAAAAACAAUAUAUUCAAUACUUGUAGAAGGGAAUUCCUUAAACUAUGUACUUGGUCUGGAGGGAGUAGACUUUAAACAUAUCAUUUCGAAUCACGUGAUUAAUGUUUUUCAGGUGAGUCUUUUUUUUUUUUUUUUUUCCACUCAGAAUUGUAGAUCCACUAUAGGAAAGCGCCUAAGUCAGGGUGUAUACAUAUCCUAUGCACGACUGAAAUGCAUCUCUUUUUCUUUCAAUUUUUUGCACACCAUUCAUCUUUGUUUCAUUCAUGACAAGGUGCUAGGUAUUGAAGCUGCCAGAGUGACCAUCAUUAACGAAAUUAAAAAGUGUGUUGAAGCAUACAGCAUAGACAUCGAUAUAAGGCACAUCAUGCUACUGGCCGAUAUAAUGGCCUUCACAGGAGACAUUUUAGGAAUUAAUCGCUUCGGUAUACAAAAGGCAAGACAUAGCACGCUCAUGCUUGCAUCCUUCGAAGAGACAAAUGAACAUUUAUUCGUGUCAUCAUUUUUCAAAAACAGAGACGAAAUCAACAACAUCAGUGAGAGUAUCAUUGUAGGAAAGAACAUCCCCAUUGGAACGGGCUCCUUCCAGCUUCUCUAUGAUUACAAAUUCAACAGAGAAGCAAAAAAACUAACCUUACUGGAAAGGGCUCAAAAAGAAAUGGCGUAA